AUGAGGAGGUACAGGCUAUCUCUCCUUGGUCUGUAUGAAACCAGUUGGCUCCAGUGAGGGCAGGUCAAGUUGGCGAGCGGAGAAUCCAUACUGUACUCUGGACACUCAGAAGACUUGGCAUCACACACAGAGGGAGUUGCAUUCAUGCUCUCCACAGAGGCAAAGAGGGCCCUCAUCAUCUGGGAACCCAUCAAUUUCAGGAUUAUCACAGCCGUAUUCCAAACUACACACAAGAAAAUAAACCUCCACGUAGUACAAUGCUACGCUCCCACUAACGACGCAGACGAUGAAAUCAAGGUGAAUUUCUACAACCAACUAUAUCACAUACUUGAGACCAAAAAAGGAAAGGACAUCAUGAUUCUGAUGGGAGACAUGAACGCAAAGUUAGGAGGAAACAACAAUGGUUAUGAAAUAAACAUGGGAAGACAAGGACUAGGAACCAUGAAUGAAAACAGGGAAAGAUUUGCAGCAGUUUGUGCAGACAAAUGCUUGGUCAUUGGUGGGACAAUUUUCAAACACAAGGAUGUGCAUAAAGAAACCCGGGGUUCUGCUGACCAUGUAACAGAAAACCAGAUCGACCACAUCUGCAUUAGCCAAAAGUUUAGACGCUCAUUGCUGGAUGUCAAAGUGAAAAGGGGAGCUGACGCUGGAUCAGCCCAUCACCUAGUUAGAGCAAAAAUCCAGCUAAUAUUAAAACGCAGAACACAUAGAGAAGGAAGAGUUCAAUUCAACAUUCAGCAAUUUCAAGAUAUAGGGAAACAACAAACAUUCAAGAAAGUAGGUGAGAGAAGGGAAAAAAAGGAGGUACUAAAUAGAAGCAAAACCAGAGCAACAAAGGCCAAAGCACAGAAAAAUAUGAGGCAGCAAACAAAAAAAUUAAGAAAAGUGUCAGAAAGGACAAAAAAAAAGUUCAUUGAGGAUUUGGCAUAACAGGCAGAGAAGGCAGCAGGGAAAAACAAUUUCAAAGGACCAAAAAAACUCAUGGGCAAGUUUCAACAGUCACAAUCAAAGAUUAAAAACACACAGGGUACACUACUCACAACCAAGGAGGACCCUAAAGGAUGGACAGAACACUUUAGAGAACUGCUCUAUAGACAAACCCCCCCAACUACAGCAGAGAUCCCAUCAGCCACAGAUCUGUUGGGAACAAACUGCAACCCUCCCACCAAGACAGAAAUCAAGAAGGCCAUCAGAGCCCUGAGAGAAGACAAGGCAGAGGGGCUGGAUGAGAUCCCAGCUGAAGCCGUAAAGUAGGACAUCGAAACCUCCACAAGCAUGCUCUACAAACUCAUGCAAACCAUCUGGGAGGAAGAAAAUGUCCCAUCAGACUGGAGAGAUGGCAUCAUUGUCAAGAUUCCCAAGAAAGGAGACCUCAGCAGAGGCAUAAUGCUGCUUUCAUCGCCAGGGAAGGUGCUCAACCGCAUCCUACUGGAGAGAAUUCCAAAGGAAGUCGAUGGGAAACUGAGGGAAAACCAGGCUGGUUUCAGGAACAAUCGAUCCUGUGCAGAUCAAAUAGCCACACACAGGAUUAUCAUUGAACAGUCAAUCGAAUAGAACUCUCCUGUCUAUGUCAACUUGAUUGAUUUUGAAAAGGCUUUUGACAGUGUGGCUCGGGAGAUGCUGUAGAGAGUGAUGGCUCACUGUGGCAUUCCCCCAAAGUUGAUUAACCUUAUCAAGAACACCUUCCGAGGGUGUCAUGUCCUCCACGAAGGCUGCCUGUCAGAACCCCUCGAGGUCCUGACUGGGGUGCGGCAGGGAUGCAUGCUUUGGCCCUUCCUGUUCAUCCUCUGUAUAGAUUGAACCAUGACACAAACAACAACCAAUAACCGAACCGGCGUACAGUGGGGCCUGACUAAACAGUUGGAAGACCUGGAUUUUGCUGAUGAUUUAGCACUCCUCGCAAACACACAAUAACAUUUGCAGAAGAAAUCAUGCCAACUGGAAACAACAGCUUUCCCCUUCAACAACAAGAACAACUCCCCAAUAAACAUGGAUCAUAACCAGAUAGACGAGGUUGCCACCUUAACAUACCUAGGAAGCAUUAUUGCUAUGGACGGAGGAACAGAGGAGGAUGUCAGUGCCAGAAUUGGAAAAGCAAGGACUACAUUCACUAUCCUAAAUAAAAUCUGGAAAGUAAAAAACGUAUCACUCAAGACCAAACUGAAAAUGUUCAACUCAAACAUCAAAUCCACCUUACUCUACAGUUCAGAAACCUGGAAGAUCACCGCCAACAUACUCAACAAAAUACAGACAUUCUUCAACCGCUGCCUCUGUCGCCUCCUAGGUAUCUACAGGCCUAACUCCAUCUCUAAUGCCAACCUGUGGGACCUCACUAGACAAGAAACAAUAGAAACACAAAUCAGGAAGAGGAAAUGGAACUGGAUUGGUCACACACUGCGUAGACACAAAAGCUCAAUCACGAAACAUGCUCUAACAUGGAACCCGCAAGGCAAGAGGAAGAGAGGAAGGCCUAGAGCCACCUGGAAAAGAACCACUCAGCAGGAGAUGAGGGCGCAAGGGCUUUCAUGGCAACAACUGGAGCGGAGCCAAUAUCUAUUCUACCUAACUGGAAAAGGUCAGAAAUGGCUCUUCAUGCUCUCGUUCAAGCAAAACUGA